UCGUCCUCUAUAUGUACACCUUUCAUCUCUCCCCUUUGCCCAUCACCUGAUUGAUUCUCCUCUUAGAUUUCUUCUCUACAUAUCCCGCCCUACUCUCUCUCUCUCUCUCUCUCUCUCUCUCUCUCUCUCUCUCUCUCCAUAUAUAUACACAAACAGAAAGAAAACAAAUACCAUUAACGGAUAUAUAUAUAUAUCUCUCUCUCUCUCCACAUAUACACACUGUAAACAAGUCGUAUACAUAUAUAUACAAACAUAUGCUAUGGCGAACAAAAAAGCAAACAAAGUGCUACCUCAGACGGCGGCUCUGAAGCAAAUUCUGAAGAGGUGCUCAAGCUUCGGGAAGAAAAAUGGGUAUCAGCAUGACGAUGUGCCGAAGGGGCAUUUUGUGGUGUACGUUGGCGAGAACAGAAGCAGAUAUGUCGUGCCGAUAUCCUGGUUAGGACACCCUGAGUUUCAGUCUUUGUUGCAGAGAGCUGAAGAAGAAUUCGGGUUUAAUCACGACAUGGGUCUUACGAUUCCAUGCGAGGAAGUUGUUUUUCGCUCUUUGACCGCCAUGAUUGGAUAAAGACAGAGAUGAUCAACCUCCAGUUGAUGAUGAUGAUGAUGAUAGGGUUUGUUGUUCAAAAUUUUUUUUCGUAAAUUAUAUAUAUAUAUAUAUAUAUAUAUAUAUACACGUGGAACAAGAAAGUUGCUUCUUAUGCCCUUGUUCAUAUAUAGUACACUAUAUAUAUAUUCUCUAUACAUAUAUAUGUUAUGUAUAUAUGUAUAUAGAGCUUCGGAGUUGGUGGCUUCUAAUUUUAACAACUUCAUUUUGCCGCCUUGAUUAAUCUGUUAAACUUUGUAAUAAGUUAUGAUCUGCUUCUGUAUUUUUCCCUUGAGAAAUUACACAGUUAUCAUCAGUACUGUGUUUUCUUGAGAGGAUUGGCUUCAAUGAAAGAAAAUCAACCGGAAACUCCACAAGUUCUAUGUCA